GAGCCGGUCGGCUGCUGCUGUUGCUGAUACUGCUGCAGGAGAGGAUUCCUAUCUGAUGCUGGGAUAGUCACAUAUACUACAGCAGAGAGAAGGCGAAGACAGGCAACCUUUCCGCUAACCUUCCUGGGUCCCGUUGAUACCCCGCAUUGUUUUUACGAGGAAAGAGGAGGAAAGACUCUUCAGGUGUGAAAAGGAAAUCUGAGAGAGGAGGCGUGCUUGGCUGGACUGCACUAUAGGGGGCGAAGGUAUUUUACCCACCACUUUUGAGUUUUAUUAUGGAAACCAGAUGUGGAGAAGCAGUGCCCUUGCUGGGAGUGAAUGAGAUGCCGUGUCGAGGCUAGAGGCAGCGGUGGACUGUUCCCGAGUCAGUGGAAAGCCCCUCUAGAUGAGCCAGUCACAGCCACCCAGCUGCACGGUAAAGGAAUAAGGAUUUAAUAUGUCAACAGAGGCCGAGCUCCAGCCUGCUGCCAGACCCAGCGUCAGAAAGGAUUCCAAGAGGAGAGGGCAGGACCGCAGUGAAGCAGCUCUGAUAAAGCGUUUUAAGGGGGAUGGUGUUCGCUACAAGGCCAAACUCAUCGGCAUAGAUGAGGUCACCGCCGCAAGAGGAGACAAACUCUGUCAGGACUCGAUGAUGAAACUCAAGGGAAUCGCAGCCUCUGCGCGGUCUAAAGGAGAACACAAACAGAAAGUUUUUCUCACUGUGUCCUUUGGAGGGAUCAAGAUCUUCGAUGAGAAGUCGGGGGUUCUUCAGCACCACCAUGCAGUUCAUGAGAUUUCCUACAUUGCAAAGGAUAUCACGGACCACAGAGCCUUUGGUUAUGUAUGUGGGAAAGAAGGAAACCAUCGGUUUGUGGCCAUCAAAACUGCUCAGUCUGCUGAGCCUGUGAUCCUUGACCUCCGUGACCUUUUCCAGUUGAUUUAUGAGAUUAAACAGAGGGAGGAGAUUGAGAAGAAAGCUCAGAAGGACAAGCAAUGCGAACAAGCUGUUUAUCAGACCAUUUUGGAGGAAGAUGUGGAGGAUCCCGUGUAUCAGUACAUUGUAUUUGAGGCGGGACACGAGCCCAUCCGUGACCAAUCAGAGGAGAGCAUAUAUCAGGUCCCUACCAGCCAACAAAAGGAGGGAGUUUAUGACGUCCCAAAGCGACAUCCAAACAAACAUAACCAACCGAUCGAUCUCUUGGAUCUAGACACUGACCUGUUGCUGGUCACCAAGAAUAUCAACCAGUUAGAGCUUUUCGGAGACAUGUCCACUCCUCCUGAUAUCACGUCCCCCUCGACCCCAGCUUCUCCGGCUAAUACUCUAGACCGCACACUGGCCCACCAGACACCAUCCGAACUGUUCACCCCCUUCAACCCUGCCUCUGUACCCUCAGGUUAUGUGACGAUGGGAGCCGUGCCACCCGCGUGGGCGCAGCAACAGUUCGCCGCUCAGGCUCCAUUAGCGUUUGGCGUCCAGUCCACGGUGCCCGUUGCGCAGGUUUUACCGGGCGCUCAGCCUCUGAUCUGGGGUCAAGCCAACCUUUUUCCUGCCACCCAGCAACAGUGGGCCGCAAUGGCAGGGGCUCACUUUUCGCCUGCCGCUUUCAUGCCUGCCCAGACAGUAGGGCCGCUUCCCGCUGCCAUGUUUCAGACACUGGCUUCCAUGGCAGUGCCCGCGUCCUGCGAGACGACCGCGGUGGCCAUGGGCGGAGCCGUGGCAGGAACCUCGGGCUCCACGGCCUCCAGUCCGCAACACGGGGAGCACACACUGCAGAGACAGGCUAAGAUGAGCAAGGAGAUGUUUAAGGACUUCCAGAUGGCAAAGCCACCAACCAUGCCUGCCAGGAAGAGCGAGCAGCCUAACCUGUCCUGCACCACAGAUGCUUUCACCAGCUACUUCAGCAGAGUGGGGAUGGCGCAAGACACGGACGAUUGCGACGACUUCGACAUCUCGCAGAUGAACCUCACGCCCGUCACCUCCACUACGCCCUCCACCAACUCACCACCCACCCCAGCCCCCCGGCAGAGUUCUCCGUCAAAGUCCUCGUCCCACGCCAGUGACCCGCCCACCGAUGACUCUUUUGGUGAGGCAGAGGGCAGCCCUAGUCGGAGCGGGGAGGAGGAUGCUGCUGGAGACUCCCAGCAGUCUCCGGGUGCGAGUGAGCCUCAAGCAGAGCCUGAGAGCUCAGAGACGGACAGUCCUCAGGGGAAGGACCCUCUUUAUGCCCAGAUCAACAAGGGGAAAGUGAAGGAUCAUGGGAACUCUGCACAGACGUGAUCAGCGCUGGGGGGAGCAGGAGACCAAAACACUGGAGAUCAACUCUCUGCCCUGUGUGUGUGUGUGUGUGUGUGUGUGUGCACCCAUCCGUGUGUAUAUGUGUAUGAGAGAGAGAGAGAGAUUGUGUGUGUGUGUGUAUGAGCGCGGUCACUCCAGCCUGAACGGUCCACUUCUCCAAGCAGCCAUCUCUCUAGAGCCGCCCCGUCCCCCUCACGACUUCCUCCGUCACUCCCUCCGCAAGGAUAGAGAGGGACAGACUCUCUCCAUACCACUUUCUUUCUUUCUUUCUUUCUUUCUCACUGUGUUUUCUGCACAUGACAGCAGGGCAUUGUGGGUGAUUUCAACCUUACAACACCCCUCAUAGCCUUAUGAGCCCAGCUCUGCAGCUUCAUUCAUGCCCUUCGUCCUACUUCCAGUUUCUGCUGGUCUGACUCUCUAUAGAGACCGCAUUACGGGAAACUCUCGAGAGGUGCCUGUCGGACCCCCAAUCACGCAUCCGACCCAAGACCACCAUAAUUCAUCACAGAGCGGAUCCAUCUGUGACUUACGCGAUCCAUCCUUUUGGGUUUAUUUGGUUUUUCCUCUCCCACGUAUUUGAGAUUCUGCUGCUAGAAAGCUAUGCAGAGCUAAAAGAAGAAGAAAACAAACUCACUUUCUCUCUCGGAUGGAGAACAGACACGAGGAAUGACUUUUGCCAAAUCUCAAGGUUUUGGAGCAGCUGAAUUUGACAGGGGAACUCGAGGGAACGAACAUUGCAAAAACCUGUGAUUGAACUGUUCCUUCUCUAUAGCUUUUGUACAAUACUAAUGAGAAAAAAAAAAAAAACAUGACGUUGAAAUGGAAUUUUUAUUUUAUAAGUCACGUGGAGCCCUUGAAGUCGACUUUAGAUGUGUUUUAGGGGUAAACAUGGCUUUAAAAUCUGAUCGUUGGUUUGCCAAACUCAUUUUGUAAAUAAUAAUAAUAAUUAUUAUUAUUGAUCAUAAUAAUGAUGACAAUGACAAAUAAUAAUGAUGAUGAUGAUAAUAAUAAUGGUUCCGAUUAUAACAGUGUUCAUUCCAUCCUGUGGACUUCCGUGCCAUAAAAUAGGCUGGCCUUAGUGAUGCAAACUCCUCAUGAAACCCAAGCAAUAUUAACACGUGUCCCAAACUCCCAAGCGGUUUACGUUUGCUUUCUCUGUCUUUUGAUUUCAGCAGGAUGGUGGAGACUGUCUUUUUAAGUGGCCUGAAACAAACCCAGAGAGACUGUUAUUAUGUUUUUAAUGGCUGAAGUGGAAAAUAGACGGCGUCAUAUUUAUGUGAUUUCUUUUGGUUUGUUGUCAAGAUGAAGCUGGUUAAUAUGCGAUAGAGGAAGAGCAGAGC